CUCCUCAGCAUUCUUGUUCAUCUCGUUUCUCCAUCUCGUGGAGUGGGGGUAGAAGUAGAGUGUGAGGUGCAAAGUGGAAGGAAGGAUGAAAUUACUUGCCUGUAUUUCUUAUCAAGAUGGGUCUGAAAGGGCAAUGGUGCUUUCCUUGGUCUGGUCCUCGGAGACAGCGAGGGAACCAAAGGGCAACAGCCCUGACUUUGGCCUCCCAUCCAGACUCUAAUCAGGCCAGGGGGCACCCCCUGCCUGGAAGAGGACCCACUCAAGGAGACAGUGCCUACUUCAGCAGCAAAGCUCGACUCUCCUUCCGUCACCAGCUGCACGCCACAACUUCAGCCAAUGACUCUACCAAUUGA